GCGCGGCUGUAGCUGGGACGGCCGGGCCCUCAGGGGCCUGGGCGGACUCUAGGAGCCGGGAGCGGAAAACAGCUCGGCUCCCGAAAGAUAAGUAACAAAGGCAGCAGGCCAGCCGCCCCUCGCCGCUCACGCACUCACGCACGCAGCGGCGUGGGCAGAGCCAAAGGCGCCGGGUCAGCGCUGUCACCUGGCUGCCGAGCUCGGCGGGAGCCAGCGGCACUGGCACCUUGCGCGUGCGCGCAACUGCAGACAUGGCCCAUUGUGGGACAGACGAGCCCUCCUCGGGGAGUCUGGAUGGCGAAGGUCAGAGCCUGGAGGACAGAUCCUUGCUCCAGCAGAGUCUGGCCAUCAGGGAGCUCAUGGACACCGAGGACUCCUAUUUGCACAUGCUUCGACUCUGUGCCUCAGACGUCAGGAGCCGUCUCCAGCAGCUGCCACAGGGAGAUCUGGAUGUCCUGUUCUCCAACAUCGAUGAGAUCAUCCAGGUGAGCAGCAGAUUUCUGCAUGGUCUGCAGGAGACAGCCUCCAAGGAAGAGAAGCAAGUGCUCCUAAUUGGUAACUUAUUCCUGGAAUUCCAAGAGGAUUUUGAGCAAGUCUAUAAGGUCUACUGUGCCAACUAUGACCAGGCCCUGUUGCUGUUGAAAGCAUACCAGAAGGAGCCAGAGCUACAGCAGGAGAUCCAGAGCAUCAUUCAGGCCGUGGUGCCCCAAGCUGGACCCUCAGGCCUCAGCUUCAUACUGGUAAUUCCUCUGCAGAGGGUCACCAAGUACCCACUGCUGCUGCAGAAAAUCCUGGAGAACACUCUCCCCGAUGCCAGUGCCUACCCGGUCCUUCUGAGGGCUACCUCUGCCCUCCAGGAUGUGAAUGCCAACAUCAAUGAAUACAAGAUGCGCAAGGAAGUGGCCUCCAAGUACACCAAGGUGGAGCAGCUGACCCUCCGGGAGCGGCUGGCCCGAAUCAACACGCACACCCUCUCCAAGAAAACCACCCGGCUAAGCCAGAUGCUGAAGCAGGAGGCGGGGCUGGUGCCCAGGACAGAAGACAAGGAAUUUGAUGAUUUAGAGGAGAAAUUCCAGUGGGUGUCUCUGUGUGUGACAGAGCUGAAGAAUAAUGUGGCAACUUACUUGGAUAACCUGGAGGCUUUCCUUCACUUCCGGCCUCAUGAAUGUGACCUGGACAUCCCCGGGGGGCCUGUGGUGCAGUAUUGCAGCCUGGCCAGAGACUUGCAGCAUGAGGCCUUCCUGGAGUUUAAGCAGCGGUUGAAAGGCCUGGUAUGGCGGCCACUGUGCAGCCUUGCCAAAGCCCUGGUUGGUCCUCAGAACCUGAUCAAGAAGCGUCUAGAUAAACUCUUGGACUUUGAGCGGCUGGAAGAGAAGCUGUUGGAGGUGGGCAGCAUGACCUACGAGGAGGAGGCAGCCCGGCACACAUACCAGGCCCUCAACUCCCUGCUGGUGGCUGAGCUCCCGAAGUUUAACCAGCUAGUGGUGGAGUGGCUGGGCCAGAUCCUGCGUACAUUUAUGGCCUUGCAGAGGGACCUUGCAAAGCAAGUGCUGCAGAGGGCGGAGGGCAGCAUAUCCCAGCUGCCUCACCACCACAUCUCGGAGCCGGCCUUCCGGAAGCUGGUGGAGGACACACUAGGCCAAACCAGUACCCAGCUUCUUUCCUUUCGUGAGAACUUUGAGAAAGUGCUGCCACCUUCCACCUCACAACCACUCCUUCCAGGCUCUGAAAGCCAGGUGCAGGCUCUUCUGAGCAAGUAUGGUCCUGGGAAGCUUUACCAAACGACGAGCAACAUCAGUGGGGCAGGGACUCUGGACCUGACACUGUCACGGGGCCAGAUCGUGGCCCUCCUUCAAAACAAGGACACCAAAGGCCACAGUAGCCGCUGGCUGGUGGACACUGGAGGACAUCGGGGCUAUGUGCCGGCUGGGAAACUGCAGUUGUAUCGAGUCAUUCCCAGUGAGGAGCACAGAGGACAGGCGGGGGUGCAGCAGGAUUCCCACCAUCUAGCACCAGCGCCUGCCCCCGCCCUGGUGCCCUCCACCCCAACUGUGACCCAGGUGGUAGCAGCGUACCCCUUUAUGGCCAGGAGCACACAUGAAGUGAGCCUACAGGCAGGCCAGCCUGUGACCAUCCUGGAGGCCCACGACAAGAAGGGGAACCCAGAGUGGAGCCUGGUGGAAGUGAACGGACAGAGGGGAUAUGUGCCUUCUGGCUUCCUGGCCAGGGCCCCAAGCCCUGCCCCAUGGGGCUGGACUCUGCCCUCUUAGGGUGCCCUCCCUGGAGCCCACAUUGCCAAAGCAUGGGAGGGGCUUAGAGGCUCUGUUCCUGUUGGGAAAUCAAACAAAGAAAGUACAGGAGCAGAAAGAUCAGGCACCUGGAAGUUCAAUGGAAGAGGUGCCAGAGCGUGGGUGGCCCUGAUCAUUCACUGUCUGCAUAAAGAAGCCUUUGCAACCUAGGGUCACAGCUGAUUGGCUAGGACUUGCCAUAGCUUGUAACCAAUCUUACGUGUGGCUCUAUCUGGGCCUGGCCAUGAGAAGGGGUCGGUCAGAUGAGUGUCCCCUGUAUACUGUAUGGUUGUAGGGAGUGGGCUGGAAAAGUGCAGGACUGCCUGGCCUUACUACAGUGCAGAGUCUGUGUAGAAUCUGGAAACACCAAGGCUGACUGGUCAGCUUUUGUUUUUCUGUGCUGGGAGCUGAGUUAUCUUGGACAGUGAACCCCAGAGAGCCCUCUCAGAGGCAGUGGAGAGGUUCCCAGGAGACUCUUGCCUGGGUCUGGGAGUGGGUGUGACCCAGUCACAGCUCUGGAAUGUGUAGGCAAAUUCCCAGGUGAUUCUAGGCUCAGGGGAUUUUGAUGGCAUGUCAGGUAAGGUGUAUAAUACUGCCAGCAGCAGUUGUAGCAUGCUGCCAUUCUCCCUGGAGUAGGAACAUGCAAAUCAGUGCAGAAACUCUGAGGAAGGUGACUGCAAGCUGGUGGGUGGGGAGGUAAGGUAAUAGCAUGGUUUCUUCUUUCUGGGUAAAAGGCCUGGGGAAACCCAUGGUUUCAGGUUGCCUCUCAGGGCCUGAAGGCAGCAGAAGGCCGAGGUCAGUUGGCUGUGGCUGUAGACAUAGGAUGUUACUCCAGUUCUCCCAUCCAGGUUGUGUGAGAUUGGCAUGAAGGGAAGGGUGCAGAGUCUCCUUGGAAACCAUGAAAUGUGACACCAGGGUCAGUGCCAUCUGUGGUGUCAGGAUGGCCUUGGCCAUCAGCUGGCCUGGACUGGCAGAUGGAAGCUGUCAUGCUGCCACCCCUCACACCCAAACCCAUGGCAGGAAACGUAGUCUGUUAACACAGUGUCGUUUUCCUCAAACCCAGGCUCUACCCAGGUUCCUUCUCAAUGUGUUUGUCAUGGAUUGACAAGGAUGCGUUCUCAGAUGCGCUUGUUAAGAGACUGUGUCAUGGGACUGUAACAGAGCGUAUGGCUACAAGCUAGCAAGACUGUGAUACCAUGAGGUGAUAUAAUGUUAUGGACGUCUGAUGGACGUGCUGUCCAUAAUGUGACUGUACUACAUCUGAGCUGGCCAAUCUCUUGAACUCUGAGUGAGUCACCCCUUUCUCAAACCUGGAACCCGAGUUCCCUCACAAACAUGUCCUGUCCCAGGAAGACUGGCCACUGGGGCAGUGUUGGGCCGAGGCACAUUGCAGACCUCUCAGAAAGGGGAAAAAGUGAUACACCAGGAGCUUUACGCAGUUUUUACAAGUUUGGAACCAGCCCUUGUGAGAAUGUGUGUGUGGAAUGAGUGGCAAUUUAGAUUUAUUUCCAAGCAUGUCUCUGUGUUAUCACUGGAGUGCCUAACGCUGUUAGCUCUGGUGUCUGAAGGGCUCUUGAGAAAUACACACUUGUCUGUGUCAGACAGUCUGUAAUGUGCCUCCCCUGGGCUUGUUAAAACGUGAAGACUGCAUAAAGCUAGAGAAACUCAGGCCCCGAAAUCCCUUUCCCAGCCCUAAAUUCACUUCACAAGCUGCUCUUGAUGCAUUUUCCUUUUCUUUCCUGCUCAGAUUUCUGAUAAAAAUAGGGAUCAGAGGAUAAUACAUUAUAAAGUAUGAUGACCAUUUGUGAGUAAUACAGAUUCUUACUGGGAGCCCACUCACUGUGUGCUGAUACACUGGUUCAGGGCUUCUCAGCAUGGCUGCUCACUGCAUUUACCUGGGAAGCUUUAAACUGUGAAGCAAGCCAGAAGCCCACCCAGAGAGGCUGGUGGGGUGACCUGGGGUGGCCUGGGCUUUGGUCUUCAGGAAGCUCCCCAGGUGUGUCUAACAUGCGGUCAGGCUGAGGACCUCUGCCCCAGACAUGCAUGGUGGACAGACAGACCAGACAAGGAAUCAGAGACAGGAAGAGGUGAACUAAGAUGUGCCCCAGCUGAGCUUUGUACAGGCUAUUUAAACAGGCAGCAUUCGAGGCAGUUUGAAAUAGGACAGCCUGUUCUGUCCAGUCCCAGAAUGUAUAUUUAUUAAGUGCCAUUAAAAGGGACUUGAACAAAAUUGGAUGUUCUCGUAGGCAUAAGGGAGAAAAAUGAAAUCUGUGUGGAACCAAGGAUAUCUCAUGAAAGGAAAAUAAAAAUGUAUUCAGUAGCAUGUGGGUUAUGGUUUCUCAUAGCCCAGGCAAUGAGAUUAAAAGUCAGUGGAGAGUGAGAAAAUGUGUAUUGGGAAAAUGGAGAACGGCCUGCAUUUUCUCCAGGGGACUCUGUGUAAUGUGCCUUUUUACCCCCAGAUACCUAGAACCAUUGUACUAUACCUCAUUUAUUUCCCUGUUGGGCUAUCAUGGGCAAAACAGCUGAGAUGCUUGCCUAAGAGCUGAACAAGACUUCCAGGAGGGGAAGACUGGGUCACAGGGGCAUUCCUGCCCUCCGUGGAAGAGUGAGAUAUCUUUAACCCUCUGGGCUGCAACACAGUUUUGGAUGCAAGAGCAUGAUUUCAGUGCCUGGGGAAAGAUGAAUGAAUUGGUUGAUAUCAUGAGCACUAGCUUCUUGAGUAACUGAUGUGAAUUUCUGGCAAUAAAGGACUUCAAAGAUA